UGAAGCCUUCCACGUCGCUCUACUCCUCACACCUCUUUUUCCACACACGAAGUCCAAAUGCAUGGUUCGGCUUCCAAUACCAACCGCCAAUCCCAUCUUCCCUCCAAACAUCCCCAACCUUAAUUCAAAUUUCAUCUCCAAAAAGCACCAAUGCCUCGCACUCCUCAAGCUCUGCUCCUCAGCCAAACACCUCGCUCAAGUCCACGCUCAAAUCCAAGUCUCUGGCCUCCACCGAGAUACCUUUCUCGCAAGCGAACUCGUCCGAAUCUGCGCUUUAUCUCCCUCGAGAAGCCUGAGCUAUGCGCGGUCGCUUCUCUAUCACUUUGACGAUUUGUCUCCCUUGCCGUGGAACCUUCUCAUCAGGGGAUAUGCGGCGAGUGACUCGCCGAGAGAGGCCAUAUGGGUGUUCUAUGAAAUGCGGAGUCGAGGAAUUAGACCCAAUAAGCUCACGUUUCCGUUCCUUCUCAAGGCGUGCGCUUCGGUUACGGCGCUUGGAGAGGGCAGACAGGUGCAUGCGGAUGUUGUGAAGUGUGGUUUGGACUCCGAUGUGUAUGUUCAGAACACUUUGAUCAGUGUAUAUGGGCUUUGUAGGAAGAUUAAGUUUGCCUGUCAAGUGUUCGAUGAAAUGUAUGUUAGGACUGUUGUUUCUUGGAAUGCGGUAAUUACUGCUUGUGUUGAGAAUUCGUGGUUGGGUGAUGGGAUUGAGUAUUUUGUGAAGAUGAGGGAUUGUGGAUUUGAGGCUGAUGAGACCACGAUGGUGGUUAUGCUUUCUGCUUGUACUGAGCUUGGAAACUUGAGCUUAGGGAGAUGGGUUCAUUCCCUAGUGAUUGUGAAAGGAAUGGUUUUGAAUUAUCAACUGGGUACUUCCCUUGUUGACAUGUAUGUGAAGUCUGGAAAUGUAGAUUAUGCGAAAUUGGUGUUUGAUAGGCUGGACAAGAGAAAUGUUUGGACGUGGAGUGCGAUGAUUCUGGGGCUAGCCCAACAUGGGUUUGCCAAGGAAGCCCUUGAUCUUUUCCUGAAAAUGAUGAAGACAUCAUCAAUACAUCCAAAUUAUGUCACCUUUCUUGGCGUCCUCUGUGCUUGUAGCCAUGCAGGACUAGUGAAUGAUGGGUACCGAUACUUUCAUGAUAUGGAGCAUGUGCAUGGGAUUAAACCCCGUAUGAUACAUUAUGGUGCCAUGGUGGAUAUCCUGGGCCGUGCAGGCCAUAUCAAUGACGCUUAUGCUUUUAUAAUGAAUAUGCCUAUUGAGCCCGACCCGAUUGUAUGGAGAACGUUGCUAUGUGCGUGCAUCAUUCAUCACGCUAACGACCAUGACGGAGUGGGGGAUAAAGUAAGAAAGAAGUUGCUUGAAUUGGAGCCAAGGAGGGGUGGGAAUUUUGUGAUGGUUGCAAACAUGUAUUCUGAAGUUGGGAUGUGGGAGAAAGCAGCGAAUGUGAGAAGGGUUAUGAAAGCUGGAGGGUUGAAGAAAAUGGCUGGGGAGAGUUCUAUCGAUUUAGGUGGGUCCAUCCAUAGUUUCUUUUCUGGGUAUGAUCCUCGAGCUGAUUGUGAGGGUAUUUACGAGUUACUAGAUGCAUUGAGCUUGCACAUGAAGAUGCCUAACUUCUUGUAGUUGAAAUUGCGUUUCAUGAUGCUGUAUUGUUGCAGAGUAUGAAACGGAAUCACACAACCUCUGAUUUUCCAUGAAAUUGGCUUCGGUCAGUUAAUUUUGUGCCCUAAAUUUUUUCUUUAA